GUCACAAAAGACAAGGUCACAAAAAAACAAGGUCACAAAAGACAAAGGUGUAUUCUUCCAACUACAGUAUAGAGUAAGUAGCUGGAAGAAUACACCACCACAACGGAUCAUCAAUUCCCCGACUCCCCAAAAUCCCCAACGUCCCCAAGCAACCCACCAUCAAGAAACCACACCACUCUCCAAGCCCCUCCCCUCUGUGCCAAAUACCCAGAUGGCCACCUCCCUCCGCCUCCCCCUCCGCCUCCCCCUCCGCCUCCCCCCCCUCCGCCUCACCACCCUCACCACCCGCACCUACCACUCCAACAACCACCCUCCCCCACCCGGCCCCUUCAACGCAAUCGAGUCCCAAAUCCUCUCAGCCUCCCUCCCCCACAUCCCAACCCACGGCUUCACACCCACCUCCCUCCACCUCGGCGCCAAAGACGCCGGCUACCUCGAUGCAUCUACCAACCUCUUCCCCACCGCUGCCUUCGGUCUCGUCCAGUACUAUCUCUAUACCCAGCGCCACGCUCUCGCCUCGCGGACCGAUAUCACCAACCCCGUCGUGGACCCGAGCACCAACACCAGGCCGCCGGGCGUGGGAGCCAAAGUCAAAGCCUUAACCUGGGCCCGGCUGCAAGCCAAUGCGGGAGUAGCUUCCAAGCUCCCCGAGGCACUGGCAUUAAUGUCGUUGUUCGGCAACAUCCGCCCCUCGCUGAAGGAACUACAUCUUCUCGCCGACGAAAUAUGGUUCUUGGCCGGAGACGUAGCGGUCGAUUCGAGCUGGUACACUAAGCGCGCGAGUCUAGGGGCGCUGUAUGCGGCGAGCGAGGUGUUUAUGAGUACGGAUACGAGUGAGGGGUUUGGCGCGACGAGGGAGUUUUUGGAGAGGAGGUUUGGCGAUUCCAGGACUGUGGGGGAGGCGGUUGAGGGGGUGGGGGAGUGGGUUGGGUUUCAGAUGGGGGCGGCGGUGAGUUUGUUGAGGAGUAAGGGCGUUAGGAUUUGAGGAGGAAGGGAGAGGGAGAAUAGAUUGUAGGGGGGGGUGGUGUGGUUGUCUAUCAUAUGGGUAGCUGUCGGAUUAUUGAAAAGGGGCGGGUUCGAGAAUGGGUUGCUGUUUCCAAUCACUAUCACAAGGGCGAAUGCAUGCUUCCAUUUCCAUGUUUUAGACGGGUAUCUUCAAGCAUAGCAAUGAAAGCGCUUGCUGAGCCAUUAGG